CCAGAGUUUUAUAAGACCGCUAUCUCUCCGAGGACCUUGUGUGAAACUUGUCUACAAUAGUAUAACCCGAUCACCAAUCAGAUCAACCACCGCCAUGUCGUACAAUCCUCAACCCACCCCGACCAACGAGAGCAGUGCCCACAAGGCCAACUGCCACUGCGGUGCCGUGCGGUUCACCGUGACCCUCUCCCCACCUUUGCACGAGUAUCCGGUCAUGAACUGCAACUGCUCGAUUUGCUCCCGAAACGGCUAUCUGCUCGUGUAUCCCAAUACCAAAGACUUCACCCUCGAGAAGGGCGAGGAGGUGCUGAAAGAUCACCGGUUCAACAGCAAGCAGGUUCGGCAUCGGUUUUGCGGGCAGUGUGGCAGCAGCUGCUUUGUCCAGCUGCCGGACCCGGAUCCUCCGUUUGUUUGUGUCAAUGUUCGUAUGUUUGAGGACGUGGAUGUUGACAAGCUAAAGCUUAGAAAGGAGGAUGGUCGGUCGUGGAGAGGGGAAUAUAAGCCGGAGUUCAAUUAGUGGAAUGGGGGUUUGGUUAUGGGUUUUUUGUACAUUCAUUCGCGUCCUGAUGCCAGUGACUUCUCUACUCAUGGCCAGGCUUGGCAGGAACACGUGUCAAGGAACUCACACUCACUUGGGCGAAUUCCUUUGGUUGUUUCCGGAGUAAAAAGUGUGGUUUCGUAUCAAGGCCGAUCACCUGACCCCAAGAUAUAUAAUUCACCAGGUUCCGCAAUGCAAGUAUGC